AUGUCAUUAGAAGGACGGGAUAUCGUUAUUGGCAACAAGUACAAGCUAGGCAGAAAGAUUGGCGCUGGCUCAUUUGGAGAGAUUUACCUUGGCUCAAAUAUCUUGAGCCAAGAAGAUGUUGGUGUGAAAUUAGAAAGCAUAAGGGCUGCACACCCUCAACUGGAAUACGAAGCCAGAGUCUACAAAACAUUGGCAGGCGGUGUGGGUAUUCCAUUCGUCAGAUGGUACGGUAAAGAAGGCGAUUACAAUGUUAUGGUCAUGGACCUCCUUGGUCCUUCUAUGGAAGAUCUUUUCAACUACUGCAAACGUCGUUUUUCUCUCAAGACAGUUCUUUUGUUGGCUGAUCAAUUGUUAUCCCGAGUUGAAUAUGUUCACUCCAAAGGCUUUAUUCAUCGAGACAUCAAGCCUGACAAUUUCUUGAUGGGUAUCGGCAAGCGCGGCAACCAGGUUAACAUGAUUGAUUUCGGUCUGGCCAAGCGUUACCGAGACCCCAAGACAAACUCCCACAUCCCCUACAGAGAAAAUAAGAACCUUACUGGAACACCACGUUAUGCAAGCGUAAACACUCACCUGGGAAUCGAACAAUCAAGGCGCGAUGACCUCGAAUCACUCGGCUACAUUCUUGUGUAUUUCUGCCGCGGCCAGUUACCAUGGCAGGGUAUUCGGGCUAGAUCAAAGAAGGAAAAAUACGACAAGAUCAUGGAGAAGAAGAUGACUACACCCGCUGAUAUAUUAUGUCGUGGCCUACACAAUGAAUUCGCCAUAUACCUCAACUAUGUCCGAUCACUGCGAUUCGACGACAAGCCUGACUACUCAUACCUCCGCAAACUAUUCCGUGAUCUCUUUGUACGCGAAGGCUUCCAAUACGACUACGUAUUCGACUGGACCGUACGCAAAAUGGUAAAUAUCCUUCCUUGUCAUUAG